CUUGCCAACCCAAUAAUUGAAGCUUCUUUUCUAAGAAAAGUCACACAAAUCAUCUCUCUUUAUUAACAACUUCUCCUCCUCACCAUUCACCUCCGAUAAGAAAACACCCUUAUUAGAACAAAGAAGACGAUCAUUCUAAAGAAAGAAAGAGAGAUGGGUUGUAUUCACUUCGAGUCAUCAGAUCAAUGGACACACUCUGUCCAGAACCAAGAAACAUCCAACACAGCUUCACAACAGCACGAGCAAGGAGGGAUCCAGGAAGCUUGGGCCGAGAUCGAGACUCGCGGAGGUGGUGGUCAUUUUGCCGGAGAGAGUAGGAAGAACAAGCUUGAGAAGAGGAAGAGCCAAGUGUUGCUUGAGGGGUACGUGGAAGCUUCUGCUGCUGAUGAUGAUCGAGGAGAUCUUGCGAGAGGUAAGAGUUUGACGGAUGACGAUCUCGAGGAGCUUAAAGGGUGUUUAGAUCUAGGGUUUGGGUUCAGCUACGACGAGAUCCCUGAGCUUUGCAACACUUUGCCUGCUUUAGAGCUUUGUUACUCCAUGAGCCAGAAGUUCUUGGAUGAUCAACAAAACCAGAAGUCGCCGGAGAUGUGUCUGGCUGAAGAGGCUUCGCCGCCGCCACCGUCCACUACCAACCCAGUUGCAAACUGGAAGAUCUCUAGCCCUGGUGAUAAUCCAGAUGAUGUAAAAGCUAGACUCAAAUACUGGGCACAAGCCGUAGCUUGCACUGUCCGAUUGUGUAGCUGAACAGAUAUCAUCAUCAUCUUGUCUGAACAUAUUGGUUGAACCAGAAACAUUCUUCUGAAGACCAUUUUUGCAUGAAUGAAGUCUCUGCCACUGUUAGCUGAAGAAUAGACCUGCAUUGUGUCCUUGGAGAAACUGGUUCGGCUUUAAGUUUAAUCCUCUUUUUAAUGUAUGUGUAUUAGUCUUAUUUGUCAAUGAAAUUGGAAAUAAAUGUGUCACUGAAUAAAAUUUUCAUAUUAUUUGUC